UCAGUCACGCUGUCAGUCGUAGUUCGUUGUGAUCGCGAACGCGCGUUAAGUAUGCGCAGCCACAUCGCGCGUUGAUAUGUGUACGUUUCCACGGAUUUUCUGGUGUUUGUGCUAUAACUGAACGACAUCAUGUCUCGAGAGGACGUCAGGACGCGUUUCAUUGACGAGUCUUCAUCGGGACACGUCUCUGAUGACGACGAAGUCGAGUUAAGAAAAGACAAAAGGAGUGUCAAACAAAUGAUUCAACGCUUCGAGAGGACUGGUAUCCAUAUCGGAGGUUCCAGUGAAUCCCUGGAACGAUCUAAGGAUACAAUGCUGGGAAGUUUAACGAGUAUCGUCAAUCCCAUUCAGAUCCAUUUUCAACAUUUAUCCCCAGUGCCUAAGACUCACGAUAGAAAUUCAAAUGUGUCAGUGAACUCGAUAUUAUCAAAUGUAUCGGAAAUAAGUUACGAAUCAAGUUCUUCAGGUUUUAUGUCUGAUAGGAAAUCUUCUUCGAUAAAGCCUCAUAGGCCAGCUCCACCUCCACCGGAGCCUUUUAACGAUACUUCAUCUAUAGAUAGUAAAUCCUCUGCACAUGAGGAGAACGCAGCAGUAGAAAGACGCUUUUCCUUCACUACACCUUCCACAUCUCCCAUAGUAUUACGACGAAGUCGGCAACCACCUGUUAUACGGAGGAAAUCAUCAAUAGGAAGUCAAGGUCGUAUGGGUGAAGCACAUUGGUCAUAUGGUGUCAAGCAAAGUGAUCUAGAAAAACUACUUAGACUGAAACUGUCAGAGACAUCUGACAAUGAAAUAGACAUAAAGGACAACAAAAACAGAGUAAUAUUAUCAAUAUCAAAUGAAAGUAGUAGCGACGAUUCUAAUGACAGUGAUAAAUUAAAAGAAGGUGAAGAAUAUGUAGUUAAUAACGAUGACGGUAGAGCUGACACUCUAUCGACGGAUCAUUCGACAGAUACUUUAAUGAACGAAUAUGAAAGUGAUGACGGCGAUAAUUUGUCUAGUGCGUCUGAGGAACAAUGUAAUUUUGACAAUGUUAGUAUUAAAUCCAUAUCAUCUUUGGAUAUGGUGCCAUAUCAGAAGUAUGAUAGUAUUACAGUAUCAUCUGAUGAAUUCGGUUCAGAGGUGUGCCAUGCGCCGGAUACAGAAUUCCUCACUGUUAGUGCAGUGAACGAGUGGUGUGUUACAAAGUCCAUAGAACCGGUAUUGAUGCCGGUGGAAUCGAAAAAGGAGAAAUAUAGAAGGCGACUGACAGAACGUGUGAACGAGUUACUUCACACAGAAAACGUUUACGUGGAGCGAUUGAAGCACGUCGUAGAAGAUUACAUUCCAGAGAUGACGAAGGAGGACAUACCUCCGACGCUCAAGGGCAUGAAACCGGAUAUUUUUGCGAAUAUUGAAAGAAUAUGCCGAUUCCAUGCUGAAGAGUUCCUGCCAGCUUUGAGGGACUGCGAAAACGAUCUCAGAAAACUUGGCCAAUGUUUUCGGCGAUAUGAACAAAGGUUUAACAUGUACGUAAUGUACUCUAGAAAUAAUAAAAGAGCCACAAGACUGGUCUAUGAACACAAAAAUUUCUUCCAAGAACGACAAUUAGAACUAGGCGAUAGGUUAGAUCUCUCUAGCUAUUUACUAGAACCAGUGCAAAGGAUACCGAGGUAUAAACUUUUUUUGGAUGAUCUAGUGAAAACGUAUACUAAUUAUGAGAACGAACGGUGCGAGUCAGAUUCAAGAAUAUCUAAAUUAAGUGUAGAUAGUGACGAGACGGGUGGAAGUAAUGGAGAGUCAUCUGAUGCUGACGAAACACCAUUGGAAAGUCUGAAACUUGCAAAAACGAUGAUUGAAUGCGUUCUAACAGCGGUCGAUGGAAUAAUGGCCUUAGAAAACAUUACAAAUUGUCCACCACAUUUGAAUCUACUAAAUCAGGGUCGGUUAUUGCGUCAAAAUGAGUUCUAUGCAAUGGACAAUGCGCGCCGGCGCCGGCAGCUUAUGCGGGUCUUUCUCUUUGACAAGUUGGUCCUCAUCACUGCAGUUUAUCGAAAGCAACUGACAGUUGAGUUCUUUAUUUACAAAGACCACAUCCCGGUUGACGAUCUGGGUAUAACGGCGAAAGAACAGGACAAAUACAAAUUCAGCAUCUGGUACAAGAAGAGAAACCUCAAGUCAUACAAAUUGGAGACGAGGGAACCCGUGAUCCGGAAUGCAUGGGUUGUUGAAAUAACUUCUUUAUUAUGGGAGCAAGCUAUGCAAAAGAAGGAACUUUUAAUGGAACAACGCCAGAAGAGAAUAUCAAUGGCGUCGAUAGAUAGCCAAGAAUCUACGGAGACCGACAGAAAUGAUGACAAAUAUAACUCUCUUCGCGGCGUACCUGGUGAGGUCAGAAGGUCUGGUGAUAAAACCUUUAGAAGAACGACGUGGUAUUGCGAAUGAAAUAGUAUUAUAGCUAUUUUUGGUAUAAAAAAAAUAUUUGAAAUCAAUAACAAUAUUCUAAGUUGCGUAAAAGAUUGCAAAAGAAUUUAUAUUGUUAUUUGGCUGUUAAAUCGAUACUGGAUUCUGGAUUAUUUAUUAUUUACCUUCGUUAGUCAAGAGGUGGAUUUAUAUCAAAUUUGUAUUAAUUUUGAUUUUUUUUAAAGUUUCCU